AAGAAAGGGGUAAAAGUGAAACUGAAAGAAAAAGACAGUAAUAAUAUAUAAACUUUAUGAGAUAAAUCUGAGUACCCAGAAAGGGUUUAUCGUUUCACAAUAAGAAGGAACCCAAAAUCUCUCAUCUCAUUGCAACUACAAAUCCUCACUUGUUGUUUUGAAAAGAUUUGUGAUAUUCAGCAAGUGAAGCACUUUUGUUUGAGUAUAAAAAGUUAACAGGCAUGGCAAGCUUGUUGACCGCAUCAACCUUCACUUGUUCUCCCGUCAACAAUGGUUCGAGGAGUUUCAGUAAGUCGAGCAACUCUUCAAUACGAGGGUGUUGUAUAAAAGCAAUGAGGAUAGAGAAAUCCUUGGAAGAACUAUACAAUGUGAAGGUGGAAAGAAAAGUUUCACCUGAAAGACUAGCUCAGCUUGAAGUUUCAAGAUGGUCGACAUGGAAGACUGGAAAAUGUAGGUUGCCGUGGGAUUGGCAGGUAGACCAACUGGUGUACGUAGAAGAAGGUGAAGUUAGAGUUGUGCCUGAAGGGAGCAAGCGUUUCAUGCAAUUUGUUGCGGGAGAUUUAAUUCGGUAUCCGAAGUGGUUUGAGGCUGAUCUUUGGUUCAAUGGUCCAUAUCAAGAACGUUAUAGUUUUCGAGCAUAUGGUGAUGACUAUUGACGAUCCUGCAUGAUGAUUGUGUAAAAGUAAUGUGUGUAUCUUUUUUGGUUGUUAUGUGUUAUCAAAUAGAUAUGUACUGUAGUUUUCUUGUACUGAAUGUACUACCAAUAUAUAUAUUUGGCGAAUACAUGUGAUAAUUUUGCAUCCUUUAUAAAGAAAUGUUCAUCUUGAAUG